GCCUCUCCCCGGCCCGCCCCCCCUGCGGCGCCCAGUCCAGCGCCCGCCGCCCGCCACCCCGGACCCCGGUGUCUGGCUUCCCCCGAGCCGGGACCCCGCGAUGGCCAAGCGCAGCUCGCUGUACAUCCGCAUCGUGGAGGGGAAGAACCUGCCCGCCAAGGACAUCACCGGCAGCAGCGACCCCUACUGCAUCGUGAAGGUGGACAAUGAGCCCAUCAUCAGGACAGCCACAGUGUGGAAGACCCUGUGCCCCUUCUGGGGUGAGGAGUACCAAGUGCACCUGCCGCCCACCUUCCACACUGUGGCUUUCUACGUCAUGGAUGAGGAUGCCCUCAGCCGGGACGACGUUAUCGGAAAGGUCUGCCUUACAAGGGACACCAUAGCCUCUCACCCUAAGGGUUUCAGCGGGUGGGCCCACCUGACGGAGGUCGACCCCGAUGAGGAGGUGCAGGGCGAGAUCCACCUGCGGCUGGAAGUGCGGCCAGGGGCCCGGGCCUGCCGGCUACGCUGCUCUGUGCUGGAGGCCAGGGAUCUGGCCCCAAAGGACCGCAAUGGCGCAUCUGACCCCUUCGUCCGAGUGCGCUACAAGGGCCGGACACAGGAGACCUCGAUCGUGAAGAAGUCAUGCUACCCACGCUGGAAUGAGACGUUUGAAUUUGAGCUGCAGGAGGGGGCCAUGGAGGCGCUGUGCGUGGAGGCCUGGGACUGGGACCUUGUCAGCCGAAACGACUUCCUGGGCAAAGUGGUGAUCGAUGUCCAGAGACUGCGGGUGGCGCAGCAGGAGGAGGGCUGGUUCCGGCUGCAGCCCGACCAGUCCAAGAGCCGGCGGCAUGACGAGGGCAACCUGGGCUCCUUGCAGCUGGAGGUGCGGCUGCGGGAUGAGACGGUGCUGCCCUCCAGCUACUACCAGCCACUGGUGCACCUGCUGUGCCACGAGGUCAAGCUGGGCAUGCAGGGCCCAGGGCAGCUGAUCCCACUCAUCGAGGAGACAACCAGCACCGAGUGUCGCCAGGACGUGGCCACGAACCUGCUCAAGCUCUUCCUGGGGCAGGGGCUGGCCAAGGACUUCCUGGACCUGCUCUUCCAGCUGGAGCUGAGUCGCACCAGUGAGACCAACACCCUGUUCCGGAGCAACUCUCUGGCCUCAAAGUCCAUGGAGUCUUUUCUGAAGGUGGCCGGGAUGCAGUACCUGCACGGCGUCCUGGGCCCCAUCAUCAACAAGGUGUUUGAGGAGAAGAAGUACGUGGAGCUGGACCCCAGCAAAGUGGAAGUUAAGGAUGUAGGGUGCUCCGGGCUGCACCGCCCGCAGACCGAGGCCGAGGUGCUGGAGCAGAGCGCGCAGACGCUGCGCGCCCACCUGGGGGCCCUGCUGAGCGCGCUCAGCCGCUCGGUUCGCGCGUGCCCCGCCGUGGUGCGCGCCACCUUCCGCCAGCUCUUCCGGCGCGUGCGCGAGCGCUUCCCCGGCGCCCAGCACGAGAAUGUACCGUUCAUCGCCGUCACCAGCUUCCUGUGCCUGCGCUUCUUCUCUCCCGCCAUCAUGUCGCCCAAGCUCUUCCACCUGCGAGAGCGCCACGCGGACGCCCGCACCAGCCGCACCCUGCUCCUGUUGGCCAAGGCAGUCCAGAACGUGGGCAACAUGGACACGCCGGCUUCCAGGGCCAAGGAGGCUUGGAUGGAGCCGCUGCAGCCCACCGUGCGCCAGGGCGUGGCGCAGCUAAAGGACUUCAUCACCAAGCUCGUGGACAUCGAGGAGAAGGACGAGCUGGACCUGCAGCGGACGCUGAGUUUGCAGGCGCCACCUGUGAAGGAGGGGCCACUCUUCAUCCACAGGACCAAGGGCAAGGGCCCCCUCAUGUCCUCCUCCUUCAAGAAGCUCUACUUCUCCCUCACUACCGAGGCCCUCAGCUUCGCGAAGACGCCCAGCUCCAAGAAAAGCGCCCUCAUCAAGUUAGCCAACAUCCGGGCAGCGGAAAAGGUUGAGGAAAAGAGCUUUGGCAGCUCGCACGUCAUGCAGGUCAUCUACACGGACGACGCCGGCAGGCCCCAGACUGCCUACCUGCAGUGCAAGUGUGUGAAUGAGCUUAACCAGUGGCUGUCUGCGCUGCGGAAGGUGAGCAUCAACAACACCGGACUGCUGGGCUCCUACCACCCUGGCGUCUUCCGUGGGGACAAGUGGAGCUGCUGCCACCAAAAAGAGAAGACAAGUCAGGGCUGCGAUAAGACCCGGUCACGGGUGACCCUGCAGGAGUGGAAUGAUCCUCUUGACCAUGACCUUGAGGCCCAGCUCAUCUACCGGCACCUGCUGGGUGUGGAGGCCAUGCUGUGGGAGAGGCACCGGGAGCUGAGCGGGGGCGCAGAGGCAGGCACGGUGCCCACGAGCCCUGGCAAAGUCCCCGAGGACUCAUUGGCCCGGCUGCUCCGGGUGCUGCAGGACCUCUGCGAGGCCCAUAGCUCCAGCCCGGCUGGCUCCCCACCCUCAGAGCCCAACUGCCUCCUGGAGCUGCAGACGUGAGGCCCGCCCUACGCUCCCCCCUUGCUGAGUCCCCUGCCAAGUGCUCGGAGCCCCCCCAGGACACUCUGCACCCCCUCACCCUGGUCCUCCUCAUUAGGGUGCAGGGCCUAGGUCUCUUCCAGGUGGGGGAGGGGGGAGAGUCAGGAAUAAGGGGAUCCCCAGAAGUGCAGAGCUGAGCAGGCUUGGGCCUGUCAUGGCUGGCCUGAAGUGUCCCCAGCUCCCUACAGCCGCUGUAGCCAUCACUGCCUCUCCAGGGACCCUCCUCUCCUGCCUAGGACAGACCCAGCCAGAACCACUGCUAGGAUGGGCCACACCCAGGGGUCUGGCCUCCAGGGACCUAGAGAAUAGGAGGGAGAACGGGGCCCCAGGAGACCCGGCUGCCACCCCACCCGCUACCCUUGGGUGCCACAGGGCUGUGCUGUUGCCAACAGUAAACCUGCUGUUACUGUCCAGGCUCUGGGGUCUUGUGAUGAGGGUCUGGGGAGAAAGUGGGCCCGGGGGGACCCCGGAGGCUGUCGGUGGAUGUGCCGAUGAUGGGGCUGACAAUAUGGGCUCUGGGCAUCCCUGUUCCCCCCUCUUUCUUCCCCCCACUCUUCUGGGGUCGGGGGUUCCUUUCCCUUCCCAGUUGCUGUCCCUGGGUCCCCUCUUUCAUGUCCCACAGGCCACAGAGCCCAGUGUGUCCAACCAGCUGUUCUCUCCUCAAAGCAGCCCCCAAGCAAGUCCCUUCUCUAGGGUGUCCCUGAGGACAGCACAGAGGCGGGACUCAGAGACCCCAUUCCUCUUCACGCAGCCCUUACCCCAAGACCUCUAGCUGUGUGGCUGGCAGUGUUGGCCACGUAGGGGCUCCCAUCCCCCCACCAUUGUGUCACAUGGGCUGCCAGGCUCAGCUCCCAGCUGCGUCCACAGUGACCUGGAUCAGGGUGGGGACAAGGACUGGACCCUCCUUCUCCAGAAGGCCUUCAGCUCUUGCCUUGCCAUGCAGUCACCUCCUUCCCCCUCUGACCCCAGAUCCCAAAGGUGCACCGUUGCCCCAGCCCCUUUCUGGCCCCAUGGGGUUUCUCUGAUGCCUUCAUCAUAGAGGCCCAGGGCUGGUCCGAUGGUUGGCAAAACUUGACUCCGGCCCAGUCCCCACUCUUGGGGACUUAGAACCCCUGGUGUCCUGGGAUCUGGCCUGCCUUUCUUUGGUCAGUCCCUGUGGUCCCCCACCAGCUCCCCCUCCCAUAGGGCUGCCCACCAAGCCCUGCCCCCAGCCCAAGAGGAGCCCCCACUGCCUGCGGGGCAGUGAUGUCUGGCCACCGGCUCACACCAAUGACUUGGUCCUGGGGUAGCAGAAGUAGCAGGUGACAGGAGCAGGGCCCCUGUCCCUCUCUUCUGGCCCUGUGGUACCCAGGCCACACGUUGUGCCCACUCUUGGGGCUGACCAGCUGCAGGGACCACCAGCCGCUGCUACUGUGGGCCGCCCCGGGGCAGGGUGGGCAGGGCUUUUGUGGGUUAUGAGGACACAGAAGUCCCUGAGGCCCCCAGACCUGGCUCAGCCAACCUCCUUCCUCCCCCGGUUGCCCCCCACUCUAAAGCCUCCUCCCUCCCAGCGUCCACUGGCUCCAGGCUCCUCACAACAGCAGCUCAUAGACACAGGGCGUCUCCAGGUGGUCCCAGCCCUCCAGAUGUUUCUAGCUCUCCAGGUGGGCGCUGUUUUCACGUCUGCCUGCAUCCAUUCAUUCCUUCAUUCCUCACCUUUAUCCUGUUAUCUCUAUUUUUUUAAGCUACCAGGAAGGAAAGGGAAGAAGAGAUCAUGAAACUGGGACCCCCAGAAGGGAGGAGUGGGCUUUGAACUUAGACAUCUACCUCAGAGCUCAAAUAGGUUGUUUAAAAUCACAUUCAAUUUUCAGAUGAAGGGGAACUUUAUAGUUUUUUUUUUUUUUUUUUUUUUUUGAGACAGAGUCUCACUCUGUUGCCCAGGCUGGAGUGCAAAUGGCUUGAUCUUGGUUCACUGCAACCUCUGCCUCCCAGGUUCAAGCAAUUCUCUUGCCUCAGCCUCCCGAGUAGCUGGGACUACAGGCGUGUGCCACCACGCCCAGCUAAUUCUUGUAUUUUUAGUAGAGACGGAGUUUCUCCAUGUUGGCCAGACUGGUCUCGAACUCCUGACCUCAGGUGAUCUGACCACCUUGGCCUCCGAAAGUGCUGAGAUUACAGUUGCGAGCCACUGUGCAUGGCCAGAACUUUAUAAUAAUUAAAAGAGACUUGAAGCUGGGUGUGACAGUGCACACCUCUAGUCCCAGCUACUCGGGAGGCCAAGGCAGAAGGAUCACCUUGAGACCAGGAGUUUAAGGCCAGCCUGGGCAACAUAGCAAAACCUAGUCCCUAAAAUUAAAAAAAAAAAAAAAAAAAAGGAAAAUAAAGGAGACUUGAAAUUUUUGAACUAAAUAGUGGUGAUGGCUACACAUUGUGAAUGUAAUUAACACCACUGAGUUAAACACUUACAAUGGUUAAAAUGGCAAAUUGUAUGUUAUACCUAUUUUACUACAAUAAAAAGUAUAAAAAAGAGACAAGAUAUUUAGGUGACUUACGGCAACCAAUUGCAACAAAACAAAAUGUUAAGAAAUGAUCUUUUUAUGAGGCAAUUGGAAAUUUGAACACUGAUCAACUAUAGGAUGAUUGGAAUUAUUAAUUUUGUAAAGGUGUGAUAAGAUACUGCACUUGGCUGGGCACAGUGGCACACGCCUGUAAUCCCAGCUACUUGGCAGGCUGAGGUGGGAGAAUCGCUUGAGCUCAGGAGUUCGAGACCAGCCUGGGCAACAUGGCGAAAUCCCCGUCUUUACAAAAACAAACAAACAAACAAAAAAGAUAUUGCAGUUGUGUUGUAAGCAUCCUUAUCUUUCAGAGCUACAUAGUGGAAUGCUUAUGGAAUAUUUAGGAUAAAUGAUAUAGGCAUUUGGGAUUUGCUGCAAAAUGACCCAGAGGCAGGGGUCAGGGGGAGAGGUAGAGAUGAGACAAGAGGUAGAGGGGAGAGGUAGAGGUAGCCACGACCUGAUAAUUACAGACAAAAGAUGUGGAGUAUGUGGGGGCUCAUUAUCCUGCAUAGUCUAUCUUUGUAUAUCUUUGAACUUUUCAAGAAUAAAAAAGCUUUAAAAGUA